AUGCGCUCAGUCGCCAUUCUGACGGCGCUGUCCUUGGGGGGCGUCCUCGCGUCUCCGGCUUUGUCUCGCCCUGCCGCUCGCGACACCUCGGACAACCCGUUCGAAGGCCGCAAGCUCUUCAUCAGCCGCGCCUACGCGGCGCAGCUCGAGCAGACGUUCGACACCUUCAUCGAGGCCAAUGACACCGAAAAUGCGCUGAAAGUACGCUACGUCCAGGACAACGGAGGUACAUUUGUCUGGGCACCGAGCAUCAGCGGGCUCGGUGCACUCGACGUGGCCAUCUCGGCAGCCCGCGCAGAGCAGAACCAGGGUGGCGUCGAGCAGAUUGUCGGCCUCGUCCUGUACAACCUGCCAAACCGCGACUGCAGUGCUGGCGAGAGCGCCGGUGAGUUGACGGGACAAGACGGUCUUCGGCGCUACAGAGACGAGUACGUCAACGCAUGGGCCGAAAGGCUGAGCCGUGCCUCGGACUUGACCUUUGCCGUCGUCAUCGAGCCUGACGCGAUCGGCAACAUGGUGACGAACCAAGGCAUCGAGGCCUGUGCCGUCGCCAAGCCCAUCCAGGAAGAGGGCAUCGCCUAUGCUCUGAAGACGCUCCAGCUGCCCAAUGUCAACCUCUACCUUGACGUCUCGCACGGUGGCUGGCUUGGCUGGCCCGAUAAUCUGGUCCUCACGGCCAAACAAGUCGCCAAGAUUGUCCGGCUCGCAGGCAGCGGCACCAAGAUCCGCGGUUACACGACCAACGUCUCCAACUACAACCCGUUCCACGCCGAGGUCCGCGAGGACUACACGGAGUGGAGCCCGUCGUGGGACGAGAACAACUACUCGCGAUCGCUGGCGCCUCUGCUCGCGGAGGAGGGCCUGCCGACCAACUUUAUCAUCGACCAGAGCCGCGUGCACCUCCCGGGGGCGCGGGAGGAGUGGGGUGAGUGGUGCAACGUGUGGCCUUCGGGUCUGGGCCCGACACCAACGUCGGACGUCGAUAGCCCUUAUGUCGACAGCCUCGUCUGGGUCAAGCCACCGGGCGAGAGUGACGGCCAGUGCGGCAAGCCGGGGGCGCCUCGUGCUGGAGCCUUCUUCAACGAGUACAUGCGCAUGUUGAUCGAGAAUGCGCACCCUGAUGUCGUGCCGGCGGAUUCGCUCGAGAGGCCGACGCAGCCGUGGUGCGCACCUCUGCACCGCGAAGAACCAAAAGUUGCGCAUGGAGCGCUGAAUGCUGCGCCUGCGCUGAAAACCGACAAGGGGACCAUACCGCUGAAAGCCCCAAAGCCUGCUUCGCCUGAUCCUAUGGCUGCCGUGGACAAAUCGGCUCAGGAACAGCGCAAGGCUGACUGGGCCAUCAUGAAGGAGAUGUCGCGAUACCUAUGGCCGAAAGACAGUUUCAGCACGAAACUCCGCGUCGGCGUGGCCGUGGCGUUGCUGGUCGGCGCCAAGGUGCUGAACGUCCAAGUGCCGUUCUACUUCAAGAGCAUUGUCGAUGCCAUGAAUGUCGAUGUGGGAGCCAUGGGCGGGACGGCCGUCACAAUUGCAGGGAGCAUGAUUCUCGCCUAUGGCGCGACAAGGAUAGGGGCCACAGUAUUCCAGGAGCUGCGAAACGCCAUCUUCGCCACCGUUGCCCAGAAGGCCAUCCGCAAGGUCGCCUGCAACGUCUUUGAUCACUUGCUGCGCCUUGACCUCAGCUUCCACCUCUCCAAACAGACUGGUGGCUUGACUCGGGCCAUUGACCGCGGUACCAAAGGAAUCAGCUUCCUUCUGACGAGCAUGCUGUUCCACAUCCUCCCCAUUGGUCUCGAGAUCUCCAUGGUCUGCGGCAUCUUGACGUGGCAAUACGGCGCCCAGUUUGCUGCCAUCACGGCCACCACCAUGAUCGCCUACACGGCCUUUACUGUGUGGACGACGGCGUGGCGCACCAAGUUCCGCAGGCAAGCUAAUGCCGCCGAUAACAAGGCUUCGACUGUUGCGGUCGACUCGCUCAUCAACUACGAGGCAGUCAAGUACUUCAACAAUGAGCAGUACGAGGUUGCGAGAUACAACGCUGCCCUCACAGCAUACGAGAAGAGCUCCAUCAAGGUCGCCACGUCGUUGGCGUUUCUCAACAGCGGCCAGAACAUCAUAUUCUCGUCGGCGCUGACUGCCAUGAUGUAUCUGGCGGCGAACGGUGUUGCCGAAGGCACCCUGACGGUCGGUGACCUCGUCAUGGUCAACCAGCUUGUCUUCCAGCUGUCGGUGCCUCUGAACUUUCUCGGUUCCGUGUACCGCGAGCUGAGACAAUCGCUUCUGGACAUGGAGACUCUCUUCAACCUACAAAAGGUCAACGUGUCCGUCAAGGAGCAACCCGACGCCAAGCCUCUGCUGCUGGUCAAGGGUGGCGAGAUCAAAUUCGACAACGUCACGUUUGGCUACCACCCCGAGAGACCGAUCUUGAGAAAUCUCUCUGUCACUAUCCCCGCCGGAAAAAAGGUAGCCGUCGUUGGGCCCAGUGGUUGUGGCAAGUCUACUCUCCUUCGCCUGCUCUUCCGCUCCUAUGACGCUCAGUCAGGCCGCAUCACCAUCGAUGACCAGGACAUCAAGUCGGUCACUCUCGACUCUCUCCGACGCUCCAUCGGCGUGGUCCCUCAAGAUACGCCCCUCUUCAACGACACCAUCGAGCACAAUAUUCGCUACGGCGACAUGUCGGCGUCCCGCGAACUCGUUGAGGCAGCCGCCCAGCGCGCGCGCAUCCACGAGAUCAUUGAGAAGUUUCCCGACGGCUAUCAGACCAAGGUCGGUGAGCGCGGACUCAUGAUCUCGGGCGGCGAGAAACAGCGUCUCGCCGUGAGCAGGCUGCUCCUCAAGGAUCCGCCGCUGCUCUUCUUCGACGAGGCCACGAGCGCCCUCGACACGCAUACGGAGCAGGCGCUCAUGGCGAACAUCAACAGCAUUCUCCGGGAGAAGUCGAGGACGAGCGUCUUCGUCGCGCACAGGCUCAGGACCAUCUUUGACGCCGACAUGAUCAUCGUGCUGAAGGAGGGCAGCGUGGCCGAAGUGGGAACGCACAGGGAACUGAUUGACCGGGGGGGCCUCUAUGCCGAGCUCUGGAGUGCCCAGGAGACUCUCUUCAAUUCCGAUGGAACUAGUGCUGUGGAGAGCGAAGAGCUGAAUGAAGGACGCUCUGUUCUGCGCGAGAAGAAGUAA